AUGGACGCCUCCUUACGGCAGCGCUUCUUCACGUCAAGGGAGGUGGCGGUGCACAACCGGCCGUGGGACCUUUGGGUCUCUUAUUUGGGGCGGGUGUACGACCUCAGCCCCCUGGCCGAGCAGUACAAGGGGGACCUCCUGAUGAAACCUCUCCUCGAAGCAGCAGGAAAAGACAUCAGCCACUGGUUCAACCCCAAAACCAAAGACAUCCAGACGCACAUCGAUCCCCUGACGGGGUGCCUCAAGUACUACACGCCCCAAGGCCGCUUCGUGCACAUUCCGCCACCUCUUCCUCGCUCCGACUGGGCCAACGAUUUUGGAUUGCCCUGGUGGAAAGAUAUCGUGUAUGAAGUAGGCACCUUGUCUGCUAAAACCCGGUUCAUACGGAUUGUCAACACUCUGACCUCUCAGGAGCAGACCCUCGAGGUAUGUUCAGAAGAAACGCUGUGGGAGAUCCUGCGGCGCUACCUCCCCUACAACGCCCACGCAGCCAGUUACACGUGGAAGUACCAUGGCGUCUGCCUGGACAUGGACAAGAACCUUCAGAGCAACAACAUCCCCGAUGAAGAUGAGGAGUUCUACCAGCUCAACCUGGACGCAGAUGCCUUCACGCCCGCUAUUUUGCUCUACUUCAAUGACGACCUCACUGAGUUCUAGAAACCCCUAAACGGAGAGGCAGAAGAGGUGAGGGCUGCAGCCACCCCAGCCCCUCCAGCGGAAAGUCCAGGUUCUCUGCCCCUUCUUCUCACCAGCAGCAAUUCUUUGGUACGACCCUGAGCUUAAGUUUAGGGACAGUUGCUCGUUUGGUCCUCGGACUGGUUAACCGAGCGAACCCACUUCCCCAGCGCUCCUGCUGACUUGGACACGCGCACUUGGUGGAAAUGAAGAUGCACCCCAAAGGAUGGCGGUUUCCUAACAUACAUUUUCCCAGGCUUGUGAAUGUCCACCCUGAACCUUAGCGCGCUCGCAGCUACUAAGCUGUUCACUGCUGUGGCCACAAGAUGUCAGCAGUGGCUCAUUCUGCAGCCAUUUUGGUUUUAAAA